AUGGAAGCUCAGCUAAAGCUUGUUCUUUUUUUCUUGGCCGUAAACUCGGUCUUGUCUCAGCAAGUGCGACUGAGUUCUGAAUCGGAAUGGUCGGCGUUACUGGACCUCCGGUCGUCGUUAGGUAUUAGAGCCAAAGACUGGCCCAAAAAGUCUGAUCCUUGCUCGAACUGGACCGGAAUAGAGUGCCGGAACGGCAGGGUUAUCGGGAUGAACUUAUCGGGAUUAAGGAGAACUCGACUUGGCCGUCUCAACCCACAGUUCUCAGUUGAUUCUCUGGCCAAUUUGACUCUGUUAGCGUCGUUUAAUUCAUCUGGGUUUUUGCUUCCUGGGUCUAUACCCAACUGGUUCGGCCAAUCCCUAAUGGCACUCCAAGUGCUUGAUCUUAGGUCUUGUUCAAUUGUUGGUCCUAUUCCAUCUUCAUUUGGAACUAUGGGUAGACUUAAUUCUCUGUAUUUAUCAAAUAAUUCGCUUACUGGGACUAUUCCUUCUACUUUGGGGAAUUUUUCUUCAGUAGCUGUUGUUGAUCUUUCGCAAAAUUUAUUGACAGGAUCAAUUCCAAAUACUUUUUCAGAUCUUAAUAAUCUUACUACUCUUGAUCUAUCUUCGAAUUUCCUAUCCGGGCCAAUUCCUUCUGGUUUUGGUUCACUUAGGAGUCUUCAGUUCUUGAAUUUGUACAAUAAUAGUCUAGAUGCUUCUAUUCCUGUCCAGCUGGGUAAUCUUUCUCAGCUGAUUGAACUAAAUUUGGGAUCCAAUUCUUUGUCUGGGUCAUUACCAGGGAACUUAGGAGGGAUGAGAAGUUUGCAGAAACUGUUGAUCGGAAAUAAUGAUCUAGAGGGUCCAUUGCCGGAAGCUUUGUGGAAAAUGCAACAAUUGCGGUUUCUUGAUGUGUCUGACAACAACUUCACUGGUGUUUUUCGGAACCUUACUGCUGCUUUUAAUGCCAGCGGUGAAGUGUUCAACUUCUCAAACAAUCAGUUCUAUGGAAGUUUGGUUUCUGUAGUAGGCAAAUUUGGUUCAAUAUAUCUGUCUGGUAAUUAUUUUCAAGGUGUAGCUCCUAAUGAUAUUGGAAUAAACAUUACCGUUGCUAUAAAUUGCUUUCAGAGUGUGCCUAACCAGAGGAGUUUCGAGGAGUGUAGGAGGUUUUAUGCUGACAGGGGUCUAAGUUUUCGUGAUGAAAGUGCCCCAGAUGCAAUGCAACCUCCGUUGCCAGAACCUUCAAAGAGCAAAAAGAGAUUGACAUAUGUACUGGUGGGAAUUUUUGGUGGACUGGGCUUCAUUGUGAUAUUGGUAUUGGUGUUGGCACUGCUCUUGAAAACAUGUCAAAACAGAAAUGCAAAUCAAAGAGGGAGUGCAAAUUUGGGGCCUGUUCCACAAGGAGUCAGCACAACACCUCCCAAGGAUUCUAUUAGUUUAUCAGGUCUGGGAGAAUCAUUUACAUUUAUACAAAUGCUCGCAGCAACUGAUGAAUUUAGUGAUACAAACCUCAUCAAACAUGGUCACUCUGGAGACCUCUUCCGGGGAACAUUGGAAGGUGGUUUACCUGUAGUUAUCAAGAAAGUUGAUUUGCGUUCCUUCAGAAAAGAAUCUUACAUAUUGGAGCUGGACGUGUUCAGCAAGGCUACACAUACAAGGUUAGUCCCACUCUUGGGACACUGCUUGGAGCAGGAGGAUGAGAAGCUAUUGGUUUAUAAAUACAUGCCGAACGGAGAUUUGUCUAGUUCCCUGUACAGGUUUACCAAUUUGGAAGAUGACAGUCCACACUCUCUGGAUUGGAUUACAAGAUUGAAAAUUGCGAUAGGAGCUGCAGAAGGUUUAUGUUACCUGCACCAUGAUUGUAACCCUCCCCUUGUUCACAGAGAUAUUCAAGCAAGCAGCAUCCUUCUUGAUGAUAAAUAUGAAGUAAGACUUGGAAGCUUGAGUGAGAUCCGUGCUCACGGAGUCGAUAAUCAUCAGAAUGUGGUUUCAGGGUUGCUGCGAAGGCUACAGACCACUAAACAGGGCUGGUCUGGUUCUGGACCAUCAUCCAAUAUAUGUGCUUACGACGUAUACUGUUUUGGAAAGGUCUUACUUGAGCUUGUAACGGGUAAGCUUGGCAUCAGCACGUCAGAUGAUGCAUCUACAAAGGAGUGGUUGGAACACAAUCUACCUUUCAUCAGUAUAAAUGAGAAAGAACUGGUGUCUAAGAUUGUCGACCAAUCUAUGAUCUUGGAUGAGGACCUAAUGGAAGAGGUGUGGGCUGUGGCAAUAGUGGCUAAGUCAUGCCUUAAUCCCAAGCCUUCUAGACGCCCUCUGAUGAGACAUGUCCUUAGAGCACUGGAAAACCCUUUCAAAGUGGUGAGACAAGAAAAUCUCAGCUCUGCAAGGCUAAGAACAACUUCAUCAACUAGGUCUUGGAGUGCUGCUUUUUUUGGUAGUUGGCGUCACAGCUCUUCAGGCGAAACCAAUAAAGAGGGUACCAGCGGCCUAAAGCAGUCGGGAAGAACAGGCUCUCAUAGUAGUGGAGCAAUUACACAAUCAUCUUCACAUAAAAGAUCAUCCAGUGAGAUUUUCCCUGAGCCAGUUGAAGUGCACGACAUAGAAACAGGAUGAAUGGUAGCAAAAGUUGGGCAUAAUAUUGUGACCCACCUUUCUAUAAAUUCUAUUGCUUGGUGAAUAGCAUUUCUGAAUCUACAAUUCUUUUUCAUCUAUUCUAAGAAUUUAUAGGUCAGGGUGGAGCCUAUGUUGUUAGGUCCUAUUGAAAAAUGGUUCGUGUCGGUGGUUCAGGGCGUGGAGCUGCUGAUAUUGUGAGGUUUUUAUUGGUUCCAAGAGCUUGUUUAUUUUUUUGAAUACAAGCUGCAAGAUUCAUCUGUAAUUUGCACUUUUCAUAGAUAUAAAGUGCCUAAAUGGAUUGAAAAUUGUAAAUAUUAG